ACACAUCAAUCGAUAUCUUCGGCCAGACAACAGCCCGCUCAAACCAUAAUGCCUGUAGUAUACAUAUGUUUGUGCGUCAAGCAAGUGGUCAAGAAAUAAAUCUAGUUUGAUGGCUUCUCCGGAAGAAAAGUCUGUUAUACGAAACUCAAGAAGAUUACCGCGUCAAAAGAUUGACAGCUAAGGAGAACGAUAACACACGGUACCAUCUAUGUGGUAUUAAAACCGAAGUGAAUUUACUGCAUUAUCAUUAUGGAGGGCAAUGAACCGGACUGGAAAAGUCGUUGUGGUGUUUUAGAAGAACAGUUAGCACGUUUCAGAGAACAGGCCGCUAAAGUUCGCGAAGUCAUAGGACAAAAGGUUAAUGAAUUAGAACAAAAAGCUGCCAGUGCAGAAGCAAAGGCUGUAAAGGAGGCAUGCAAGGUUAAAGACUUGGAAGAGAAAAAUGCCAGCGCAGAAGAACAAGUCAAUGAAGCUAUGCAUAAGAUUACAUUGUUGGAAAACAAACUAAAAGAAAACGAAACAGUUAUUUGUAAUUUAAACAAAGACUUGGAAUCAGAGAGACAAGAACGAAUUAAACAUGCACAGCAAAUAGAAGCCAAGGCUUCAAGCAUUAGAGAAUGGGUUCAAACUAAAAUGUCCCAGGUUGACAUGGAGUCAUCUCAAUUAAGAUUAGAGAUUGAGCACAUGAAGAGAGAGAAUGUCAAUCUAAGGGAGGCUAAUCACCAAGCAGAUACUUUAAUUAAGGAAAUGAAAGUCAGGCUUAAAUUCAGCCAAGACCAAGUUUUAAGACUUUCUGAAGAGCUUGCUGAUUUUGAUAAUGAUGAAAGUCGAGAAUACCAAAUAUUAGAACCCCCAGUAAAAGAUCAGGAGAAUAAUACAUGUACAUGUAGCCAGGAGAAUGGAGUAUCAUCAUCUGAAAAGUGUCCAGGCUGUUGCACACCUUUGGAAACUAAUAUCCCUACUUCACCAACAUCUGUUGAAGUGCCAUCUUCCCCUAUGUCGACUAGUACAGGUGAUGCACAAAUUGGUGACCAUCAAAGAGAGAAUGACCAGACAGAUGAAAAGGAUGAUACAAAUCAAUCUAAAAAUGACAAUUCUGAAACUGCAAUAAAGAGGUCAUCAAGUGGAAAAUCCCCAUCUAAGAUUCCUAGAUACAUUGGCCAGUCUGGCAAAACUGACCAACAACAAAAUCCUGGAAAAGUGUCUUAUUAUAUGUCUUUAAAAAGAGGAAAAGAAAAUGAUGGAAACAGAGCAAAGUUUUACAUUCAAGUGCAUGACAUGGAAAACACUAGUCCUUACAUGCAACUGGUACGACAUGAAAGUAACACAACAAUAGACUCUGAAAGAGACAGCUUGGCAGAUGCCUACUCUAAUCCUUUUGACUUUAUCAGUGCCAGUAAAGAUCCAUUUCCAGAGGACCACAAUCAAAGAAGCAUUCUUAAUAGUGUCACCUCCCUAUGUUCAAAUGACCCAUCAACUUUAGAUGUCAACAGCUUAUAUGAAGCUAUAGUAAAGCCUAUACAAUCAAAAUGGAGGUCAGGAAAUAAUAGUGAAGCACCACAGUCACCUCCUCCACCCCUUCCCCCUCGCUUUGAUGAAAGCAUGACUCCACCUCCUGUCCCACCCAUCCCCCAAAAUUUCACCAAUUCAAAAGACAUAGUUAGAACACUAGGAGAGUUUACUAGUUAUUUACCAAGUGAUUCAUCUCAAGAAAACAUUGACUGUGAUAGUAUAGCUCCAAGCCUGCCAUCUUGGGUGAAAUUGAGUGAUUCAUCGACCUCUUUAGGUACUGACUCACCACCCUACGCUACUCUCGAAAGCACCAAAAACCUAAUACUUGGGGAUCAGGCGCCCUGUCCAGUUUACGCUACACUCAAAGGGCGAGCAUCUCAAAUUCGUAACACGCCUUUUUCAGGAGAGUCAACUGACUCCUCAGAUCAUGAUGACGACAACGUUAGUAGAUGCAGCGACGAUUACCUUAAACCUGUCGACUCUGAUGUAAAAUCAGAGACCUCGGAGGGAGAAAAUUCGAAUCGCUUUCAAGAAAAGACAGAAAAAGUACUUAAAACUUGUGCUGCGUAUACUACGGUCAGCUUGAAAAAGGAAGACCAAAGGAAAGAAGGCUACUUAACUAAACUCGGUGGUCGAAUCAAAAACUGGAAGAAAAGAUGGUUCGUUUUAGAAGAUGGCAAACUGUAUUAUUACAAAACCCCGACUGAUGUAAACCGUAAACCUUUAGGCCAAGUUCCUUUGGAUGGUUCCUGUCGAAUAUCAAGAACAGAAGGUGAUUUGACCAUAGAGGUCUCAACACCUAACAGGACUUAUUAUCUUACUGGCGAAACAUUAGAAGAGGUGGACGAGUGGCUGAGAGUUUUGCAUAACGUGAUGCGGAAGUUUACGGCCAGCCCUCUCCUGGCACAGAUGCCUGAAAAUGAAGUUAUGUCGGGAUGGAUAACCAAGGUUAAAAAUGGUUCGUCGAAGAGAAGUUGGUGUGUUCUUCGUGGGAAAUAUCUCUGUUAUUACAAGAAUGAAGAAGACACGGUACCAUACAGCAUGGCAAACUUGAUGGAGAUUGUCGUGGAGGAACUAGAAACAGCAGAGUCUGAAGAAGAUAGGAAUUCCGAAUCCCCAUCCAAUUCAUACAGACACUUUACAUUAGUACUAAAAGGAGAAAAUCAAUCAAGUCCGACCUAUCUUUUAAUAGACUCUAAGGCUGAAAAAGACUCGUGGCUUUUUCACCUGAUCGUUUCUUCAGGAAGUGGGCUUGGAAACAAGGGCACGGAUUUCGAGAAGGUUGCAGCCAAACUUGUAUCAUUAGAUGGCAAUCCAGACAGCGAGCUAUGGAACACACCUAUACUUACAUUCAGUAAAGAAGCUAUCACUAAACCACUCACCACGUUACCAUCUGAAAAACUGGAAGAAGAAGCAAUUAAAUUAUUCAAGUCGAUAUUGCUCUUCACUACUGUUGCUACAGAGGAAACAGCGAUUGAUUAUCACGUGUCAUUGGCCCAGAAUGCUUUGCAGAUCGUGUUAGAUCAUCCUGAGCUUCAAAACGAGAUUUACUGCAUGCUCGUUAAACAGACGUCGAAACAGAUCCAUCGGGGACCAGAAGACUUAGGGCAUUUUCUGAUGAACUGUGGCAAGCGUUCGUGGCUGCGCGCCGACGCGUCGGUAGCAGAGACAAUCGACCUUCGUCCUGUUCAAGAGUAUGUGUAUCUACAGACAUGGCAGUUGAUGGCAUUGUGUACGUCAUUGUUCGUUCCUAAGGAACAGCUGCUGUCUUUUGUUAAAGCUCAUUUAAAGAGAUCCUGCAACUUAAAAACACGACAGGGAAAGUAUGCCGCGUACUGCGUUCGUAGCUUAGAGAGAACAAUAGCCAACGGGAAAAGAGAAGCAAGACCUUCUAGAAUGGAGGUAAUAUCAAUAUUACUUCAAAACCCGUAUGAUCAUUCCUGUCCAAUGAGUCUACCCGUACACUUCGUGGAUGGCAAAACUCACGUAUUUGGAUUCGAUGGUUCGACUACGGUUGAAGAAUUCAUUGAAACAAUAAACGCGAGCCUUGGCAUCCGUGAUUCAUCCCAGAGUGGUUACGCUAUCUUCACAGACAAUCCUGUUACUCCAAUGGAACACUGUUUGCAAGCAAGUGUUAAGCUAUGUGACGUCAUUUGCAAAUGGGAGCAGGCCAUGCGCAGUAAUUGCAAAGGAAGACUGGAUUCUAGUCGAGUUAUCAAACUCUCCUUCAAGAACCGAUUGUACUUCAAAAGCCUCUCUGAUAAGGACACUCCAAAGGAGAAGUACUUCAUGGUCUUUCAGACGAAUAUUAACGUGGUUAAAGGCAGAUUUCCAGUGAGCAGAGACAUUGCCAUCGAGUUUGCAGCGUUGAUGGCACAGAUAAAUUACGGCGACUACAAAGCUCACAGCAACUCCUUGCCAAGCAAGAGAGUCCAGACGGUCAUCUCAAAGUACUUCCCAAAACACUUGAAAGAAGAUUCCAGUGACAGCGAGAAGCGAUCUCUGACCUUGAAAAUGGCUGAGAAGUGGUCCACAUUCCAUGGCUGGAACGACCAGGAAUGCGUGGACAAAUACCUGGAAAAUGCUCGAAGAUGGCCGUUCUUUGGAAGCAAGUUGUUCAAAGCACAGCAAAGAGAAACAACAUCUUCCAGCAAGAGGAGAGCCUCUUCAUCCGUGAAUUCCCAGCCAGUCUGGCUAGCAGUAGAAGAAGACAGCAUUAGUAUUCUUGAAGGAGAGAGCCUGCGACUAAUGUGCCGAUACAAGUAUAAACACGUGGUCACCUUUGGUGGUUGUAAGGAUGACUUCAUGUUGGUUGUCAACCAGUCUAUCAUGAGAGGCGGUAAUACAGUAGAACAAGGCACUCAAAGACUGCUCUUCAAUAUGACCAGGGGCAAGAUUUUAGAAAUAACCCUCUUAAUGGCGAGUUACAUCAACGCAAUCGUUCGGCAAAAGGGAAUCACGUGUGACUUGCCGCCAGCGACCCCAAAAGCCAGCGGUGGUCCUUUGGAGAAGAAAGUCUGGGACCUUGAGAGUGCUGAAUGGCCUAUUGUUCCUGGAUCUAGCGUAGGUCUGUUAUGAUACCCCUGAACCACCUUACUUACCCAGAAGGAUAACACGAAGCAAGGAAAGAAAAAAGAAAUUCUAAGUGCAUUCGAAAUUGAGUCUUGCCUUGUUCUUACGCAUGCGUUGAUGUUAUUCUAAGAUCAUCGUCUUAGAAUAACAUCACCGUGUACAGUAAAGUAAAGAAUGCACAACUUCAACAAUACAAACACUUUGAAAUUCCAUGGACUUCACUAGAACGCACUCUGACUGAAAAACGAGCGACAGUGCUACGGAUCAGAAACACGAAAAUGAUAAUAUCAAAGGGUACCAAUCCAGGCUGCACAUUUUAAAAAAUUAUUUAGAACAAUACGAUUGAAUUCAUCAAUAUAUUAUGGUCUUGACCGUUAUUGUUAUUAAUUUUUUGUAAAUAUUUUUAUUCAAGUGUAAAUUGUAAUAGAUAAGAAUUUGGGAGCUGUUAGCAUGAACAAUUUGAUCGUACCGCCCGAGGUAACUCUUUUGUUUUGGUGUCCCUUCAAAGAAAAAAAUACCCUUAGCUUGAACUAGGGAGACCUCUCACCUUAAGGUUGUCACUCUCGCCUCCUUUACAUUUAUAUGAUGGUAGAGAAGGGCAAUUUUUAGUUAGUGUGAUUGGGAAAUAUACGGCGCUGUCUUUGAACUUUGAAAUAGCUUCCCAUUGACUUCCCGUAAUUCAUCCAAUCAUUACGCGUAGUUACGGUUACGGUAAGAUACUUACAGUACGACUACAAUUUUACUGUAUUGUAACCACCUAACACUGGCGUUAGGGACAACAUUUUCUUUUCCCGAAGGACAUCAAAGGUAAAAGAAUUAGCCCUAGCUGUAGCGUCACCCUACUUUCAUGUUAACAGCCAAGACACCGAGCCAAGAUUUCAAAGAAAUUCUAGAGCAAAAUGAACUCCAGUUGAUUUGUUUAGUUUAAAUUACGCGCUAGUCAUUUUGCAAGGGAAUUAAAUCACGAGAAUGAUCUACAUUAUUGAGAUAAGUAAAGCAUUUGUUAUUUUAUAUGGAUAUAGAUAUAGUAGUUUAUCUAGAUUAUACUUGAAGACUGCCGGCAUGUGCACUAAUAAUAUAAAUUAUGAAGAUAUCUAAAUAUUAUAUAAGUAUUAAUUGAUUAGCGUAGAAUAAACUAUAGAACGAAUUAAUGAAAA